GCACGUGCAUUCCAACUUUUAAGGUGGAAGAUAACUUAUGUCUGUUCCCAGUGGUACCGCCGGUGGUCACUUUCCCGGCGAGGAAACCGUUGUAAACGGCGAGAGUCAAUAUGUUCGGGGAAUACAGAAGUCUUCCACAUGUGUCGUUAGAAUCUUCCCGUUAUUUCAUUGAGCCAACGAAUUCAAAUUUAUAAUUGCUACCUUUUCAUUUAGCACACCCACUGUUUGUGAAAAUGCCACAAACGCUAUUAUUUUUCUUCUUCACGAGAAAGAGAAAUUAGACAUCCAAGUCUUGAGCUUUCCAUAGGUUUGAGUACAUUGUUUUGUUUUCAUACAGCAGUCUAACGUUAAAGACCCCCAUUUUUAGCUUCCCGUGGGCAUGCUAUGCUAUGCUUCAACGUGAUUUCAAGACAUGGGGUUCCAUCAUUACGAGCUUAUGUUUAGAUGCCAGGCACAAUGAAGCCUUGUCCCUUUUCCAUCACUGCUUAAAGUGUUGUGAAGCUUUCAAACCAGAUCACAGUGUCCUUGCUGCAGUUCUCAAGUCUUGUUCUGCCCUUUUAGCUCCCAACUGGGGCAGAACCCUUCAUAGUUAUAUUGUUAAACAAGGACAUGUUUCUUGCCAGGUUACCAAUAAAGCGUUGCUUAACAUGUAUGCCAAAUGUGGCAUGCUUGAUGAUUGCCACAAGCUGUUUGAUCAGCUCAGUCACUUUGAUCCUGUUAUUUGGAAUAUAGUUUUGUCUGGUUUUUCAGUUUCAGGGUCCUUCAAAUGUGAUGUUGAUGUGAUGAGGGUGUUUAGGAUGAUGCAUUCGAGUGGGGAGGCUAUGCCCAAUUCGGUUACUGUUGCUACUGUCCUUCCUGUUUGUGCUCGUUUGGGGGAUCUUGACGCUGGAAAGAGUGUACAUGCUUAUGUUAUUAAGUCUGGUUUUGAGCAAGACACCAUUGAUGGAAAUGCUCUCGUGUCAAUGUAUGCAAAGUGUGGAUUAGUGUCUCACGGUGCUUAUGUUGUCUUUAAUAACAUUAUUCAUAAAGAUAUUGUUUCUUGGAAUGCAAUGAUUGCUGGCCUUGCUGAGAAUGGGCUAGUGCAAGAUGCAUUCUCAUUGUUCAGUUCAAUGGUGAAAGGACCUACGCGACCAAAUUAUGCAACAGUUGCAAAUAUUCUUCCUGUUUGUGCUUCCUUUGAUAAGAAUGUUGCCUAUAGAUGUGGAAGGCAAAUCCAUUCUUAUUUGCUGCAGUGGCCUGAGUUGUCCACAGAUGUUUCCGUCUGUAAUGCUUUGAUUAGCUUCUACUUAAAAGUUGGACGGAUGAUGGAAGCAGAAUCAUUGUUUUGGGAAAUUGAUGCUAGAGAUUUGGUCUCCUGGAAUGCUAUUAUUUCAGGAUGUACAUCAAAUGGUGAAUGGUUAAAAGCAUUACAUCUGUUUGGUAAUUUAGUAUCUUUAGAGACAUUAUUGCCAGAUUCUGUGACUAUUAUCAGCAUACUUCCAGCUUGUGGGCAAUUGAAAAACUUGCAGGCAGGGAAACAAAUCCAUGCAUAUAUUUUUAGACAUCCUUUCCUCUUUGAAGAUACUACCAUUGGAAAUGCUCUAGUAACUUUCUAUGCAAAAUGUGGCUAUACAGAAGAUGCAUAUCAUACGUUUUCUAUGAUAUCCAGAAAAGAUUUGAUUUCUUGGAAUUCUAUUUUUGAUGCCUUUGGAGAGAAGAGGCAUCAUUUAAGAUUUCAAAGCUUGUUACAUUUGAUGCUUAAAGUAGGAAUUAGACCUGAUUCAGUCACAAUAUUAACCAUAAUUCGUUUUUGUGCUUCUCUAUUGAGAGUAGAAAAGGUUAAAGAAAUACAUAACUAUUCAAUCAGGACUGGAUCUUUAUUAAGUGAUAAUACACCAACAGUUGGGAAUGCAAUACUUGAUGCAUAUGCCAAAUGUGGUAACAUGGAGUAUGCUUACAAAAUGUUUCAGAAUCUAUCCAAAAAUAGGAAUCUGGUCUCAUGCAAUUCACUGAUAUCAGGUUUUGUGGGUUUAGGAUCACAUCAUGAUGCAAAUAUGAUAUUUAGUGGAAUGUCCGACACAGACCUUACCACAUGGAAUCUUAUGGUUCGAGUAUAUGCAGAAAAUGAUUGUCCUGAACAAGCUCUUGAAUUGUUCCAUGAGUUACAAACUGGACGGAUGAAGCCUGAUGCGGUGACUAUCAUGAGCCUCCUUCCAGUAUGUACACAAAUGGCAUCAGCCCACUUGCUAAGCCAGUUUCACGGGUAUAUUAUUAGGUCUUGUUUUGAGGAUCUUCACCUGAAAGGAGCCCUCUUAGAUGCAUAUGCCAAAUGUGGUAUCAUAAGCCGUGCAUAUAAGAUAUAUCAAUCAAGUGCUGAUAAGGAUCUGGUUAUGAUUACUGCUAUGAUUGGUGGCUAUGCUAUGCAUGGCAUGAUUGAAGAAGCACUUCAGAUUUUUUCUCACAUGCUCAUGUUGGGAAUCAAGCCAGAUCAUGUUAUCUUUACUUCCAUAUUAUCUGCUUGCAGUCAUGCUGGCCGCAUAGAUGAAGGACUGAAGAUAUUUUAUUCAAUAGAGAAAAUCCAUGGUAUGAAACCCACUAUGGAGCAAUAUGCUUGUGUGGUGGAUCUCCUAGCUAGAGGUGGCCGCGUUAGUGAAGCAUACUCUCUUGUGACCAGUUUGCCCAUUGAGGCUAACGCUAAUCUUUUGGGGACAUUGCUUGGUGCCUGCAAAACACAUCAUGAAAUAGAAUUAGGGCGAAUUGUAGCAGACAAACUCUUCAAAAUUGAAGCUAACGAUGUCGGAAACUACAUUGUAUUAUCAAAUUUGUAUGCAGCAGAUGCCAGAUGGGAUAGUGUAAUGGAAGUCAGAAAGUUGAUGAGGAACAAAGAUUUGAAAAAGCCAGCAGGAUGCAGCUGGAUCGAAGUUGAGAGGACAAAUAACAUUUUUAUGGCUGGAGACUGUUCACACCCUCAAAGAAGCAUUAUUUACAGUACACUACAAACAUUGGAUCAACAAAUUAAAGAACCCUUGGAAUUUUAGCUUAAUCUUGUGCAUCAUGGCAUUCAUGAAGACAUUUAUUUUUCUUUAAAUAGGAUGAAAAAUACGUGUAUAGAUCAUGGCUUAAAAAAUUGAGUAGUUUAAACUAAUCAUUAAUAGAUAAACUAUU